AAUCGCAAGAUCUCUCUGCACACCAAUUGUGUCGACGUGAGGUGAGAAGCUUGUUUGCUCGGAGUUGGGGUAGGGGAAUAGGAUCGCAAUUGAUGCCACCGUAGUACUAUUUGUACUACGUGUGUGUGGUUGCUGAUUGAUCUUCCCGUUUUCUCCCAUCUCCGACAACGUUCUCGCUUCUUGUUCUCACCGAUCGGUUGUCGACAAUAAUCUGUGUAUUGUCUGUUGUUGCGAUUUUUCUCUCGAAGAGCCUAGUGUGUGCUUCUGUCAAUUGAUUGAUCAGUUGGUGGAUUUGCGUCUCGUUUGAGUGUUGGGUAUUGAGUGUUGAGCGAUGACGGCUUGUCGGGUUAUGGCCGCAGCACUUGGCGCUGCAGGUGUGCCUUCCAUGCCCUUGCCAUCCUUGGCGAAGCCGUCCCCGGCUUCUCAUGUCGAGAUUGGAGGUCGCCCCGGCGGCGCUAUGAUGCCUAUGCACCUCGCCAAUCCGCCUUGCUCUUUGGCGUUCGUUUAUGGUACCCUAAAGCAGGGGUUCUCCAAUCACUGGUUAAUCAAGGAUGCAGUUGGGGAGGGUCAUGCCCAGUUCAUCGGUGUUGCGAAGACGAAACAGCAGUAUCCACUUGUCUGCGGUCCGUUUCAAGUCCCGUUCCUGCUUAAUAUCCCUUCGUCAGGACUUCAAGUGAAGGGUGAGCUGUAUGCGGUUGAUCAAACUGCUCUGGAGUUGCUGGAUGAGCUAGAAGGUGUGUCGAAGGGGCAUUAUGAACGCCGACCUCUUGUCUUGACGAAUUUACAAUCUCUAGAAUAUGAUUGUAAACCGAAUUCUGAAAUUUUGGCGGAAGCAUACUUUGCCCAUCCAUCACUGCAACGUGGUCUGUCUAGUGCGCCUCAUAUCGAGGCAUACACAAAGAGGGAAACGGCUACCUACGUUUAUAGAAAGGACCGGCCUAAGAAUCGCACGUUCUUGGAGCACGUCAAUAAUUGGAUUGACUCUCAUGGGCCUCUGUCUUACAUUCGCGUGUGAGCACAGUGUAUCCGUAGCUUUGAUUACGAUCGAGACUCAAUUUCGAACGUAGUUGAUCCGAUCCUAUUUUGGUCAGUUCAGAGAAAAUCCAACAGUGCAUAUCUCUAAGACUGCUGUUCUAUAUAUAUUAAGUUCUUACAUUGCCAAACUUACAGCCCAAAGUGUGGAAGCAACAGAUUCACUGCGCAACCUCCUGCUGUAGUUUCCGAAGGUAAAGACAUUGCCUAAUAACAGGUGAAACUAGGACGAGUCGUGUUGGUUCUGAGCCGGUCUGGUGAAUCCUUUUCGAACUGGAGCUGCUCGUCUAAAGUUGGUCAAAUUUGAAGGUCGAGCAGGAGAUAAUUCUCAAUGGCAUAAGUAGGACUGUUGAGAUAGCAGGACAGAGAAGAGCAUCCAUCGGCAUAGAUUUUGACCAGAGUGAAGGGAACUGGGAGGUUGCAGUGUUCGCUACAUUUGCUACUCGGAAGUUCAGAGAAUGUACAUCUUUUUGUAUUAUGCCGCAUGAUACUAACCUGUGACAAACAAUGAGAGCCUGAAAUCUUUCAAGAAAUCAUUUGCCACUGUGAUGUGCAGUUAAUUCAGGGCGUCGUUCCAUUUUAA